AUGGCUGUUAUACAUGUGGUGGUUCCUCUUUGCGGGGUACUACAGGUGGCCCUAGGCUUGUGUGUUCCGGGGACAUUCCAUAUAACCAUUGAUAGUGUUGUGCUGUACUUUCUCUUCAGGUUAAGUUUCACCCAAGUGAUUUUUAAUUGGAUCAUAUUCCAAUGGGUCUUCCCUCAAUGGUCUAUCUGGUUUAUUUUAAUAGCUUUGCUGAUGAUAUUGGGUAGAUUAUUAGUGAGAACAGUAGUGUAUGUAAUCGAUAGGUAUAACCAACGAGGUGGCCCCUGGGCUCCUCUAGACUCCAAGGACGUUGCCUUGGUCACCGGUGGAUCCCGUGGUCUUGGGAUGUACAUAGUCCAAAGGCUCCAUGCUCGUGGUGUAGGUAAAAUAAUAGUGUUGGACAUUGCUGCACCAAAGGAAGUAUCAUUCCCCUCGAGUGUAGAAUUACAUAUAUGUGACGUGGCACAGGAACAAGAGUUGAAAUUGAAAUUGAGUUCCAUUCUAGCUACAAAUAAAGUCUCCAUUCUUGUAAAUAAUGCCGGUGUUGACCAUCGUUCGUCCCUCUUGGACAUGCACGAGGAUGAACUUGUUCGUGUGUUUAACAUUAAUAUGUUUGCCCAGAUUUGGGCAUUACGUCUGGUGAUUAGAGCCCAUUUACACCAUAAUGCAAAGAGUGUCACAGGUGGUGAACCUAGGAGACUUUUCGUGGUCUCGGUAUCUUCAAUUUUGGGGACUUUAGCGCCACGGAAUCUCACCGUAUACUCCGCCCUGAAGGCGGCAGUGAUCCAACUUCAUGAGGGUCUUUCCCAGGAAUUGAAAGACCAUGUAGACUCGUUGAGAUUCCUUCUUGCCACCCCUGGCCAAUUGGACACGGGGAUGUUUGGUGACAUCUCACCUCUGAACCUGUUUCUUGCUCCAGUAGUGAAAGCAGAUGAGUUGGCAUCUCAGAUUGUCUCCCGCAUAGAGAAGGGACAUGCUGGUGUGAUUUCCAUGCCUCUAUACGCUUCCCUACUCCCCAUGGUGAAGUGUAUGCCUACAAUAAUCCAAGAUUUCUGUCGGUGGUUUUCAGAUAUGGACAAUAAAAUUAAACAGGACUAA